AUGCCACCCACAACAAUCAACCUUCCAGCCAUCAAGCAACGCACCUGGUCCAUGACCACAUCCUACACCGUCUCACAGAUCAUAUCCUACAACCUCGCCCUAGGCGCAUCUGGCAUCAAUCUCGCACUAGUCUACGAAGGCCACCCUAGCUUCCAUGCCCUCCCCACUUUCGGCGCCGUACACGGCAUAGCGGUAAUGGGUCUUGUACACCGCGCCAUGAGCGAUUUCUUGCCAAACUUCCAGGGACACAAUUACGUCCAUGGUGAGCAUUAUCUCAAGCUUGUGCUGGCGUAUCCCAUUCCACAAGGCGCGGAUGAAAUUCGAUUAAAGACGACGGCGAGGGUGGUGGACGUUGUGGAUCGGAAGAAGGGGGUUUUAGUUUGUGUGGAUAUUUUCACAAGCGAGGAGGGAUCGGGAAACGUGGUUUGUGAAAACGAAUGGGCGGGGUUUGUCAUGAAGGUACCGACUGCUGGAGCAAAUGCGCAACAAACAUCGAGAGGAGAGAGGACGAUGCUUCAUCCGACGCCGUCGAGAAAGCCGGAUAAGGUGCUGUCGCAUAAGACGUCGCCGGAGCAGGCGGCAUUGUAUCGGGCUGCGUCAGGUGAUUUGAAUCCGUUACAUAUUGAUCCGAACACUGCGACUGCAGCAGGGUUUCCGGCGCCGAUUCUGACGGGUACUUGCACGUUAGGGAUUGGUGUAAGGCAUGUCGUUGAGGCUUUCUGUGCAGGAGACGUAAGCAGAUUUGUCAGUGUAAAGGUCAGGCUGAAUAAGCCGGUAUUAGCUGUAUUGAGUGAGGAAGUCAAGACGGAGAUGUGGGAGGAAGUGACACAGGAAGGAAGGCAAAGAGUACUUUUCAGGAUGGUCGUCGAAGAUCAAACUGGGAAAGGUGAGAAAGUUGUAAUGAGUCAAGGAUGUGUGGAGUUGAGAAGAGAUGAGGCAAAGCUGUGA